UCGAAUGACAAGUGGCAUGAACUAUUGUUCCUAUUUGUGGGAAUAGUAAAAAUAAAUAUAUUAUACACGGCCAAAUGUAACGCGUGAAAGCGGCUACUUAUUAUAUUUUGGCAACAGAUUUACAACUAUAUUAGGAUAUGACAGCUUUUAAACAAAAUUUAUGUAGAGAAAUUAAACCAAAAUCUAGUGUACGUAAAAGUAAUGAUUAUCCGAUAACGAUCACUCAAAAUGCCAUAGUAUCUUUUAUUACUGUUUACUGAUGUGAACCAGCAGUAAUCAAAUAACUAAAUUAUACGUAAGUGAAAAAUUCCUGUUGCAAGUCUGUAUUUCGAAGAAAAAUACAAUGAAAAAUCCUGAUAAUAAAAACUACGAAUAUAUUCAGAAAAACAAUUUGAAGUCAAUAAAGGAAACCCGUCGAUCACAAAUGAAAAACUUUAACAACGGUGUAAAUAAAAGUAAAUCAAAGAAACUUAAAUAUGGCAAUAUUAAUAACGAAUAUCAACAGCCGACACCCGAAUUUUAUUUAUCCCAAUAUAGUGAUAAAAAUAAGCAGAUUCCAGUUACUAGACAUUCUAGCAUGCCAGAAAUGAAAACGCAUAAACCGAGAAAGACAGCUCAAACAAGGCGACUAAGGAUAAUCCAGCAACACCCUUUAGCAUCUAAGUUUAUCAUCAACAAAGUAUCUGAACAUCGGUACCACAAAUAUCUUAAAGUUACCAAUUACCCUAGUCAAACUAAAUGGAAAGUGUAUAGAUGUGAAUUGAGCGCUACAGAAGACAACCGUAGUUGUUCUUGUAACUCUGAUGCUAUGUUAGAAGUCAUACAGGAUAUGUAUACACGGUUUAAAAACAAAAGUUAUGCCCACACAAUACCUACAAAAGUGUCAAGCGAAAAUAAAGAAUUAGAUCUCGAUAUACCCAAUAUAAAAGAACAAACAGAAAAAAACAAAAAUGCUGAAAAAUCAUCACAUGAUAACAUGUUAAUAGAAAAAGAAAAUAAAAAGGCCACGUUGAAACAUUCGUUGCCAAACAGAAAACCACCUCCGCUCAAGAAUUUCGUAAAUAAAAUAAGAAAGGAGCUAAAAUUAUCAACAGAUUCAAAAUCAGGAUCUAAAAGAACUAAAAUACAUAAAUCUAGACCAUCCGGUAUUGACGAAACCCAAAUAGCUUUAGGUACUCCUGAAGAAAUAAUAUCAUCAGAAGAGGCACUUAUUAAUAUUUUUUUACAUGAAACUCAAACCCCUUUUCAAAUAGCUUCAAAGAUGCUACGUAAAGUAAGGGUUGUGGGACUCACAGACCCACUGGAAGGGAAAACUCCAGAACAACAAGAAAAAAUAUUACGUUGCCUUAUAGAAAAUAGUAUCCCACUGCCUGAUGGUAAAACGUCAUCUGAAAUAAAAGUAAUAGAUAAAAUUCGUAAAGCAGUUGGUUUACCUUUACAGCCUAAAACACAACUUAUGAAAAAUAAGUACAUACUUGCUGUUAACAAAGGCCUCAUGCAACCAUUGGAAGGAAAAUCAGAAGAAGAUAAAGUAAAGAUUCUUCAGGGACUAGGAAAUUUAGGGAUUCCAUUACCAGAAGGUAGGACACCAUCAGAAAAAGCAUUAGUAACUAAAAUAAGAUUAAGAACAAAAGUCCUUAACAUUUCUGAUAAAUUAUCAGAAAAGCUGAGAAAGGCUGAAGCUUCAGGUUUGCUGACACCACUUAAAGGAAAAACGACUGACCAAAAGAGUAAAAUUUUAUCGAGUCUAGCUAUGGAGGGUAUUCCUCUUCCUGAGGGUCAAACGCCAUCGGAAAGAAAAAUUAUUGCGAAGGUGCGUGAUGACCUUGGUUUACCUAUUGAACCAAUAACCAAAGCUAUCAGAGACAAACAUGAACAAGCAGCUAGAACAGGAUUACUUUUACCGUUGGAAGGAAAAUCAACGGAGGACAAGGAAAAGAUUUUGUUAGGUUUAUACGCUAUGGAUAUACCGUUGCCAAGAGGUAGAACACCGUCAGAGAAGAAUUAUAUAUCAACAAUAUUAUCAGCACCAAUCCAGACAGAUAUUGUAAAAAACUCAAAAAAAAAGUGUAAUCCUAAGUCUACUGAAUUAUUUGCGCUUCUUGAAGGAAAAACUUCAGCACAAAAAGUUAUAUUAUUAAAAGAGCUUGCAAUGCAUAGUAUUCCAUUGCCUGAAGCCAAAACACCGUCGCAAAUAAGGCUAAUUAAUAUGGUACGAGCUCAACUUUCUCCCUUGCCUAAGGAAGUAACGAUGAAAGAAAGAUUUAUAAAAGCAGCUAAAACCGAUUUACUUGAUACGCUUACAGGAAAAGCACAAACUGAAAAAGAAAAUGUCCUAUCUUUAUUAACUGAGUUAGGCAUACGACUACCUGAAGAUCGCACAUCAUCAGAAAGCAUAUUGAUACAGAAAACAAUAAAAGAACUGAGGAAAAGAUCAUUAAAAAACUCUAUUUUUUUGUCAAUAGAAAGGGAGAAGACAGCCAAUGCCAAACGUAUAUGUAACGCCGAGGAUCCUAAGAAACUUGUAGAAAUAAUACCUGCAAACAAAUUCACAUCGAAAUUUCACCGAAAUAAAGAUUCUAAAGGCUUUUUGACAAAGCGUGAAAAAACAACACUAGAUGAAAAAAUUAAAAUAUCAACACAAGAUUUUGACAAUAAGCUGCUACACGCUUUAGAGGAAAAAAGUAAAACCGACUAUUUGAUACUAACAAAGUUAAAAAAAUUAAAGAAAGCAAAAGCUGCUAGUCUUUUUGCAAAUCAAGCCGGGAAGUCAAUUUUUGAAAAAGUAGCAAUAUUAAAAAGUAUCGUUGAAAGUGGUUUGCCAUUGCCUGAAGGUAAAACGGUGUCCGAAAAAGUCUUAAUUAGGAAGUUUAAGGGAGGAGUGGAUUUAUUGCCUCACCCGAAACCAACAAAAGAAAUUGAAAAGAAAAAAGAAAACAAACUUAGCGAAUUAACUUCAAACAAAGUGGUGCAAGAAGACUCACCACAGCGUUUAACAAAUAAUAUUGGUAGCGUAAAUGAAAAGGAUAAAAUCGAUGAAAGCGAUAAAAUACCCAUAAAAACAAGUUCUUCUGAAUAUCAAGCACCCUGUGAAGUACCAGGUGAACGUACUCCUAGCGUUAGAAGCGCAUUUUCUGCCGUCAGUAAAAGUCUCAACGAAAGAAAAAGAGACACGUGUAUAACUGCUAUUGAAUCACCAACACAUUCAAAGGUCUGUAGUAAUCACAAGAUGCUUGACGAAAUAAUCACAAAACUACACAACAGUGACCCGGUGUCCGAAGAUUUCGGUAACUUAAGUUACUCUCAAAAGUCCCGGUAUGAUGUUGAAACUUCUUCUAGACAUUCUGAUAUAAAUUUAAGAUCUGCCGAAAACGGCAAUCAUCAACAGAAUAGCUCAAUAGCUUUUGAAGGGGAUAACAAUACUUCAGAAAAAAAAGAGCCCAGCUCGGGUGACUUUGGAUCGAUGGAUGGUUUUUAUAAGGAUCCGAGCACACAGUCUGUAGCUGACACUUUGGAUUCUAUUGUAGUAAUAAAGAGUGAAACUUCAUUAUCCUUGAACACCAGCCCAAGUAUCAGCAUGGAAACAGGGUGUAAGAUGUCUGACAUGGGCAGUAGCAUCACAUCGAAUUCCUUAAAUUACUCGAGUAUUCCUUCAACUGUCGACCUCAUGAGUGUAACUUCGCUAGAAGAAUUUACAGCAAGCUUCAAUGCCAAGCUGAAAACCCAACCCGCAGAAAUUACCGAAAAAAAACCCUUAAGUACAACACAACAAGAAUUUACGAUCUUAAGAAUGUCUCAAACAAAUCUUCAACUCAAGAGCGAGGAAGAAAACGCGAAACAUUCAUCAGAAAAUGUAAUUACGGAACCAGUGGUAGUUAUGGACGAGUUUCCAAGUGAACUUGAUGUAUCAAAACUAAUGGACAAAAUAAUGACUAAAAAGCGUUUUGCCGGCGCAUCGUCAAUAUUUAUAGUAGUGCCAACGUCAGAUGAUGAAGCAGAACAUACUAGGAGAUUAAAUUCCGCUACUAGUUUUCGAUCGAGUGAAUCUCCUUUUACAUCUAUUAGUACCAAUCACGUGAGUAAAGAUUCACAGGAUUUAACUUCAAAACGGGGUCUAAAAGUUUGUGGUAAAUCAAAACGAUUUUAUAUGCGAGAGUUAUCAUCUUCCGAUGAAACACAGAGCACGGGCCAAAAUGAAUCUCGAGGAGUUCUUAAAUAUGUCAAGAAAACAAACAACGAGGUUAGAAGAGUUGCCACACCGAAUAAAGAUUUAAGCAUGGUGUGUUGCACUAGUAAACGAAAGCAAGGAAUAGCAAUUGACACGACAGAGGAUAGACCAUGCUGUUGCCAGAUUAAAAAAUCAGCAGAUGCGUUAAAAACUAAUAUUUCUAAAUCUCGUUAUCUGAAAGAUAAAUGCUCUGGCUGGCUUCAUUCCCUAAGCAAGCUUAGAGAAUCAGUUAUUACAUCCGUAGCCGCUUGUCAAAUACAUUCUCAGUCAACAUGUCCUGUCCAUGGUUAUGCACAAAACCAACAAUAUUCACAAAACCAACAAUAUUCAGGAAUUCCAUUUUAUUACGAUCAACGAGAAGGACCAGAUCCUUGCUCAAAUGUUAAGUGUGCAUGUCAUGAGGACCCAAACAAACAAAAAACUAAAUCAAAGAAACCCCAGAAAAUAUCACAAUCAACACAACCACGCUUAUCACACCUUCCAUCACAACCACUCAAAACAAUACAACCACGCCUAUCACACGUUCCAUCUCAACCACACAAAACAAUACAACCACGCCUAUCACACGUUCCAUCACAACCACUCAAAACAAUACUACCACGCCAAACAAUACAACCACGCCAAUCAACACAACCACAGCAACCAGCCCAAUCACACCGAUCAUUCCAACGCCAACCAUUUCAGCCAUACCAAUCAACACAACCUUACCAAUCAUCCCAACCAUACCAAUCGUCCCAACCAUACCAAUCAACCCAACCCUAUCAACAACAGCAACCCUGUCAACAUCAGCAACCCUAUCAACAACAGCAACCCUAUCAACAACAGCAACCCUAUCAACAACAGCAACCCUAUCAACAACAGCAACCCUAUCAACAACAGCAACCCUAUCAACAACAGCAACCCUAUCAACAACAGCAACCCUAUCAACAACAGCAACCCUAUCAACAAUACCAACGCUGUCCAGCACACCAACCAUGCCAAUCAAGCCAUUCAUACCCUUCAUCUGCUCCAUACCAGCAAAGCCAAUCGCACGAAUCAACCCAACCAUACCAAUCAGCUCAAAAAUAUCAACCGUACCAACAAAGCAAACCGUACAUGCGGCCAAGCAAAUCUUACCAGCCUAGGACGAGCCGACCAAUCUUCACCCCAGAACAUGACAAUGACACGGAGUAUCCACGUCGCACAAGCAGAGUAAGAAUAUCAGCGGGACACGACGAAAUGACGGGCAGAAAACCCUUUGAUUCGAAUGUGCAGCUAACCAAACCUCGAAGUAAUUUGGUACGGAAGGAUAGAGCAAUGAGAGAGAGACCUAAUAACUCCAUUCAUUUAGACUCGAACUUGAUGGACUCAGCCAUCAAGUUAAAUCAGGACAUAAAUGUAAAAGUUUCAAAAGACCACGUUAAAGUAGGGUUAACUGACACGUCCAAUUCACCUAAAAAACCUAAAAGCCCAAAUGCUGCUAAGAAAUCACAACCAGCAAGUUGUGAAUGUGAAGGCGGUGGGGUAACUGGAAAAGACUUAUGCUAUGGAAGAUGUUUCGGUCAAACGCCCUCAAGUCCUCAACCAUGUAGCGGAAGCUGCCAAAGUAAUUUAUACGGUCAAGUGAAUUCGACUAUUCCACCUUGUAAGCCUGCCAAUUUUGGAUACGAUCAAAUGCCAAGAACUUACGGAAGUGAAUGUGAUGAGAAGAUCCAUUGUGCCUGUGGUGGUAAAAUAACUGAUCCAAAAAGUACUGAUAAAAAAACUACAAAGAAAAAGAAAACUAAAUCGACUUCAGCUUCAACUGAAAUAGAGAUACCAAAACUUACCAAAUCUGGCAAAACCGCAGCAGGUGAAAUUACUAGAAUAGGUUCCUUGAAGCCUAUAAACGAACCGCAAAAUAUAAAACCUAUCUCUAAAGGAGAUAUUAAACUUCCUGGCAAAAUCCCUAAGGUUAAAGUUAGUGAUAAGACCAUUUUGGAUCCUAAAGAUCUGAAUAUCGAGAAAAUUGGUAGUCAAAAUAUUAAAGUUGGCUCUGAUAUAGAUAUUAAAGUUCCCGAUAAAAUCCCAAAAGUUAAAGUUGGUGAUAAGACUAUUGUGGAUCGUAAAGAUCUGAAUAUCGAGAAAAUUGGUAGUCAAAAUAUUAAAGUUGGCUCUGAUAUAGAUAUUAAAGUUCCCGAUAAAAUCCCAAAAGUUAAAGUUGGUGAUAAGACUAUUGUGGAUCGUAAAGAUCUGAAUAUCGAGAAAAUUGGUAGUCAAAAUAUUAAAGUUGGCUCGGAUAUAGAUAUUAAAGUUCCCGACAAAAUCCCAAAAGUUAAAGUUGGUGAUAAGACUGUUUUGGAUCCUAAAGAUCUGAAAAUCUCGAAAUCUGGUAGCCAAAAUAUAAAACUUGGCUCUGAAAUGGAUAUUAAAGUUCCUAUUCCAAAAGUUAAAGUUGGUGAUGAAAAAAUUUUAGAUCCUAGAGAUCUAACAAGUGAUAGUAAAAAUAUAAAACCUAGCUCUAAAGAAGAAAUUAAACUUCCUGACAAAAGUCCAAAAGUUAAAAUUGAUGAUAAAACUACUUCAGAACUUAAAGAUCCGUCAAGCCCAAAAGAUAAAAUUGAUGAUAAGACUACUUCAGAACCUAAAGAUCCAUCAAUACCGAAAACUGAUAGCAAAAGUACUGACAAACCCCGUGCGGAAAGGAAAUCUUCAUCGAAACGAAAGGAUAAGAAGAGCAAAAUUUCACUAGUUCCAGGUGAUAAAAAGGAUUCAACGAGUCCAAAAGAUCAAUUUACUGCAAAAGUUGGUGGUGAUAUCCCACCUGAUAAGAAAGAUUCAAUAAGUUCUAAAGGUGGGAGGAAAAGUCGAAAAAGCAGCCCUAAAAAAGUUCCAGUUAAAAUGGGACCACCUGUAAAACCAGUUGUUAAACUUAGUUGUGGAUGGAUUGAUCACAAAAGCCUGAUGAAAUUGAGAUCAGAAAUGUCUGUCGAAACAUCAGGAUUCAAAGCAUGUAAAAGAAAGCGCAGGCCACCACCAAUAGACCGCUCAGUCGAAUUGGACUUCGAAGAAGCCAUCAAGUACUAUACAACUAGAAAUCCGCAUUUAUUCAAAGACUUGAUAGAUAAGAGCUUAGAAGGCACAGUUUAUGAAGAAAAACCUGAAAAACCAGAGCUUACGAGAAUGGACAGGGCAAAGAGUAUUUUCCAAAAAUUGUUACCAAAAUCCAAGCCAGUAGAACCAGAACCACCAGUAGAAGAUAAAGAAGAAUUGUGCGAAUGCCCUUACGGACGCAUUCCUCCGCCUUUAGGAUACGAUCCUAUUCCUGCUUUACCUCCCCGAGAACUAGCUAAAUAUUAUCCAAAACGAGGCUUAAAACUAAGCGUUGGUGGUAAAGGCUCUCUAUCACCAGGCUUACCUGAUUUAUUCCCUUUGAUAUCAAGGCAACAAGAAGCCUGCGAGUACUAAACCAUUAGUAUCAUUUUGGUUUUCGUAAUAACUAUUUAAAGUGAUGCCCUUGUAUUUUUGUAUUACUGUUUUCGUAUUUUUAUUUUUUUGUAAUUACUAUUAAACGUAUUUUAAUCA